AUAAAGAUUAUAAAUCAAAAAGCUUACCUGUUAUACGGGUUUUAAAUCAGGCAUUUCAUGAUGUUUAUAUAUAUAAAAAUAGUAAUUUAUUAUAUGUACCAAUAACAAAAGAAUCACAACGAGUUUUAAAUAAUAUCACACAAAUAUGUAAGAGUUUUAAAAAAAUAACACGAGAUUUGAUAGAUAAUUUCUGUGGAAAAAAUUUAAUUAAAGAUAUAGUUGAUAAGAAUCUUCAAUUGG